AAAUCCUAGAACAUAAAUCCUGUGGAAUAAACUUUGUCACAGAAAGAGACAGAAAAAAAUGGGACAGAGGGAGAGGCUUCUUGCUGAUCUGCAUUCAAAUGGGUAUAUUAUAAUCUUGAUUGCCUUCCUGUAUCUCAGCUCCUGCUCAUUCUCCCAAGUGGGUGCUUCGAUCCAUGAAUACCAAAACGAAACCUUCAUUCGUCGCUCCAAUUCCUUCUUCUUCCAUGGCGGAAGUGAGGGUCUCUAUGCUUCCAAGCGUCAAUCUGAAAAUGACAAGCCUUCUUCUGAAGAUAAGCCUCUCAAUGGCAAGUCCUUCAUCAGGUUCGAGUCCAUCAUUUUUCGAAGAACCAAAGAGUCAGCUGAGCAGAAAAAUGAGAUGCAGCAGAGGACUGGCUUGGUUGAGGCUAUUAUAAUUGAGGUCAGGGACAGGGAGAAGAUUGGGGGUUCUUAUUUGAACUCCCAUGCAAUAUGCUGCACCCCGGAACUUGCAAAGAAUGGUUCUUGCAAAGUAGGAGAGGUUAUUAUCCACCAAAAUCCAGAUAAACCAGAUGGGCCAAAGAGAAUUCAGAUCUUCUUUGAAGGAAAAAAUGAAGAGGCUAACAUGGUUCUUCAAAACAUUGAGAUCAAUACUACUGGAAUGUACUAUCUCUAUUUUAUGUUUUGUGAUCCAGAACUAAUGGGCACGGUUAUCAGUGGAAGAACGGUUUGGAGGAACCCGUAUGGCUACUUACCAGGAAAGAUGGCACCGUUGAUGACAUUUUCUGGCUUAAUGUCUUUAGCUUACCUUGUUUUAGGUUUAGUCUGGUUUCUCCGUUUUGUACAAUAUUGGAGAGAUAUAAUACAGUUGCACUAUCACAUUACAGCUGUAAUUGGUCUUGGAAUGUGUGAAAUGGCACUCUGGUAUUUUGAAUAUGCAAAUUUCAAUUCCACUGGAAGCAGACCUAUGGGAAUUACCAUAUGGGCAGUAACCUUUACUGCAGUUAAGAAGACUGUCUCCCGGCUUCUUCUUCUGGUCGUUUCUAUGGGCUAUGGUGUUGUGCGACCAACUCUUGGUGGUAUAACCUCAAAAGUUCUCCUACUUGGUGUGACAUAUUUAGUGGCUUCAGAAGCACUUGAGCUUGUUGAACAUUUGGGUAAUAUCAAUGAUUUAUCGGGGAAAGCAAGAAUAUUUUUGGUGCUACCUGUUGCUUUAUUGGAUGCCUGCUUCAUACUUUGGACCUUUUCAUCUUUAUCUAAAACAUUGGAGAAGCUUCAGGUUCGAAGAAGCAUGGCCAAGCUUGAGCUCUACCGGAAGUUUACCAAUGCUCUUGCAGUAUCAGUUCUGCUCUCAGUUGCUUGGAUUGGUUAUGAGUUAUACUUCAAUGCGAGUGACCCACUUAGUGAACUGUGGCGAAGAGCCUGGAUCAUACCAGCUUUCUGGACAUUGCUUGCUUAUAUUCUCUUGGUAGUUAUAUGUGUUCUCUGGGCUCCAUCUCAUAACCCAACCGGAUAUGCAUACUCAGAAGAGACAGGGGAUGAGUUUGAUGAGGAAGCUAUCUCGCUCACCGGAAGUGGGGUAAAGGUGGCUGGAGAUUUGGCAAUCAUGCUAGAAAGAAAGGAAAGAAAGGUUGCAACUGCAGCAGAUCAUCUUGUAUUUGGAAUUGGUGAAGAUGUAGAAGAAGACAAGAGAGAGUAAUAGCCCCUCUACUUUAUGCUUCCAUUUCAUUCUGAUAUGCGGAUAUACAUCAUAUAUCAGCUAAAAAACUAUCCAGGCUCUUGAAAAAGGGUCUCAAAGAAAGUAGAAGAGGGAAUAGGAUUAGGGGAAUGGGAGUGGGGAAAAAUAAAGUGCUAAUUUAGCUAGUCACAUCCAAACUUCAUCAACGGUGCCUACACUGCAUAUGUGAAUUCCAUUCAGCCCUGAUGAAUGAAAAAUGUAUUUCUAGGAAAGAAAUUAGACCAGAUUUAGAAAUUAAGGAAAAGUUUGGCUUUUCUUUUCUUUGGGAGGACUUUUUGCCCCCAUUAAAUUAUCUUGGAAAAUGUCUUUGGAAGUGCAUGUCGCAUGCAACAUGUGAAUCUCUUUUAUAUUGGAUACCUUUUACCAAAAAAAUAUACUGGAUACCAUAUCGCAUUCCCACUAAUUUCGAUGGGACUUUUUACACCCAA